AUGAAGGGCGGGAGUCUCUGGCCCACCUCCGGGAACAAGAUGAAGCGGCUCAAGCUCAUCUGCAAGGCGCGAGCCACCAAGAAGAAGCCGAAGCCGGAGAAGAAGAAGGUGCACUGGCGGAAGUACGGCAAGAAGGAGCCGGCGCAGGCCAAGAGCGCGAAGCCCUUGUUCGAGAUCAAGAAGCGACCGGUCCGCGACCGCAUCGUCGAGAUCCGCCUGACCGCCGACAGCGAGUUCCGCAAGAACGCCGUCCGCUUCGACGUCACGAAGCAGACCUUCCUGCCCGAGGAGCAGGACCUGACCAUGGACCUGCUGACCCUCGACCCCAGGGACCUCCUGUGGAAUGAGCCCCCCGAGGAGGAGGAGCCCGAGGAGGAGCUCGAUCCCUACACGAAGGCAGCGCUCUUGGCCAUGGCAGCCGAGAACCAGGGCGAGGAGGAGGAAGACCCAUACUGCGGCGUCAUCUCGAAGGAGGAGCUGGCCAGAAUUGACGCUCAGGCUAACCCUUUCAACUUCAGCGAGCGCGUGUCACAGACGGCGCAUUUCGCCCUGAAGCAAAUAGCGAUACAGACUGAACCCGCGAAUACGAGAAUCUUUGCGGACAAUGUCGGCUUCUCAGUUAUUUACGACGCCUACAAUAUUGAUUUCGAGAUGAAGACGCAGAAAUUGAAGGAAGAGGAGAUGGAGAAGGAGAGAGAUGAAAAGAAGGACAAGACGUUCACGCCGGAGAAGAUGCACGCCCCCCCAUGGAAACCGAGAAACCCCAGAGAUGUGCCUGAGAUCCGUGAUAUUCCUGGGUUGCCAAAUACUUCCAGAAUCGUGGAGCGGAUGAUAACACAGAACCUGUACGAUGACAUUAUCAAGUGUGAAUGGGAUGACAGAGAUAAAAAGGGUGAUGAGAAGUUGCAGAGGCCAGUGCCGGAUAUUGAAACAAAGUUUAACGGUUUUCCGUUAUUCAAACAUAUCACUUGGCAUUAUGAUAUAAGCAUUAUUAGUAGAGAUAAUAGUGAUAGUAAGAUAUCAAGGAGCAACGAGAGAAAUAAGUUCACAUUCAUUUCAAAUUAA